AUGUCUGAGGGUGACAAAAUAAUAGUUCACUGGUUGAACUAUUCGAGAUCUCAAAGAAUCGUUUGGUUAUUAGAGGAAUUGGGUGUUCCCUUUGAGCUUAAAGUAUAUAAAAGGGAUAAAGAGUUUAGAGCACCAAAGGAAUUGGAAAAAAUCCACCCAUUAGGAAAAUCACCAGUAAUUGAAAUUAUCAAGGCAAAUGGCGAACGUGAGAUUAUUGCCGAGACUGGUCAUAUUUUUCAAUAUCUUUUGCAAAAUUACGACCACAAACAUACCUUAGUACCCGAGGAUCCCCGUGAGCAACGUGAAGUUGAUUAUUUCCUUCACUAUUCUGAAGGUACUCUUCAACCAAAUUUAGUUACUCUUUUAGUGCACUCAUUUGCCAAAAAAAGGGCUCCUUUUGGAACAAGAUUUCUCAUGGGAUUAUUGGUCAAGGGUAUUGAUGAUCAGUACUAUUUUCCAGAAACCAAGAAGAACUUGGAUUUUUUGGAAGGAAUUUUGAGCAAACAAAACAAGGCAGGCUCGAAAUAUUUUGUUGGUAAAAAAUUGACUGGUGCCGAUAUCAUUUUGAGUUUUCCCAUUUUGACAAAUAUUUUUAGUAAUAAGGAUACUGCUAGAUCGAUAGGUUUCGCAGAUAUCGACAAAAUGUGGCCAAAUUUGAGUGCUUGGAGUAAGAAUAUCGACAAUGAGCCUAAUUUUAUUAAGGCUAACGAAUUGGUUGCUCAGUAUGAGACUACCAAGCCAAAUAUUUAG